ACCAUGUUCCUGUUUCCGUCAUUACCUGUCCUUCUCCUGUCUGUGGUGACAGCUUCCUGCUCCGAAACAAAAGCCUGUGAGGAUACCCAGAAGACCUGCUCCGUGAUUACCUGUGGCAUCCCCGUCACCAAUGGCACCCCAGGCAGAGAUGGGCGAGAUGGACCCAAGGGGGAAAAGGGAGAGCCAGGUCAAGGGCUCAGAGGUUUGCAGGGCCCUCCUGGGAAGAUGGGGCCCCCAGGAAACACAGGGGCUACUGGAAUUCCAGGACCAAGGGGCCAAAAAGGAGAUCGUGGGGACAAUUCAGUUGUUGAGGCUAAGCUGGCCAAAUUAGAGAGAGAGCUACAGAGCCUGAGAUCAGAACUGGACCACAUGAAGAAGCUGCAAGCCUUCUCCUUGGGGAAAAUGUCUGGGAAGAAGCUCUUUGUGACCAACGGUGAGCGGAUGCCUUUCUCCAAAGUGAAGGCUCUGUGUGCUGGGCUCCAGGCCACAGUGGCUGCCCCCAAGAAUGCCGAGGAGAAUGAGGCCAUCCAGAAUGUGGCCAAAGGCACUGCCUUCCUGGGCAUCACAGAUGAGGCAACUGAAGGCCAGUUCAUGUACGUGACGGGCGGGAGGCUGACUUACAGCAACUGGAAGAAGGAUGAGCCAAAUGACCACGGCUCAGGGGAGGACUGCGUAAUUCUCCUGAACAAUGGGCUCUGGGAUGACAUCUCCUGUGCAUUCUCCUUCAUCUCCGUCUGUGAGUUUCCUGCCUGAAGAGGCAUGUUCCUCGGCCCCCUCCUUGGCUCCCUGCUGAACUCUCUGCUGCUUUGGUAGAGAAUUCAAUGCUGGUUUUCUUCUGCCCUGUGUUGAGUCCUUCCUUCACGUGGAUGGGAGGAAAAUGAAGGGGAUAUAUUUGAUUGUGGGGUGAGGACAGAAGAAGAGGCUGGCUGUGGGGCACAAGGGUUCUGGUUCAGCACAUGGCAAAGGACACCACCAUCCCACUAGGAGCACAGCGCUGGGUGGGAGUCCACCCUGGAAAGGGCCACGUCUGACCCUCUCAUUUCAUGGUGAAGACACUGAAGCCCACCAGAAGGACCCAGUGGGGCCACACCUGGGUCAGAGUAGGCUGUAGAUCCUAGCCACUGAGAGAUCUUAUUCCUUUUCUCCAUGAGUUGCCACUACUGAAUGCCUAAACUCCUUCCAUGGCGAGCCCAGACCUCUCUAGGACACAGGUAUUGUUUCUAGUUGUUCAUGAGCUGCGCCAGACAACCUCUCACUACCUGACUGUAACACCUGGCGGUCUCCUGCCUGGGCAACAGUUGUUAGCCCUAGGAAUCCUUUCAUCUUGCCCAUGUAGCCGUGGCCACCCUUUAGUCACUAGGGUGACCUUAAGGCCAAAGAACAGCUUUUCCUCCUGCAUCAUUUUAGGAGGCUGACUCGAUAUUGAGGUGUGUCAGCUGCGUGUGAGGAGGCAAAUUGUCAUGCAGGGUGUGCCCUUCUCCGCAGGCCUCAUGAGUCUCAUAAGUCUCAGCCCCAAGCCCUACUCCAGUCCCCCACCUGCCCAGCAGCCCCUCCUUUCCCUGUAACACCCUCUUCCCAUUAUAGGUCAAUGGGCCCAUUGUCAGUACAGACAAGCUGAAAAUUACCCCAAAGCUGAGCUUCAUACCCUACGGGUUAAAUUACGCGGCUCCAGCUGGCCAGCAAAUGCAAUCCACUUUCGGAGCAGGCUUCUGAUGCCAUUGAGGCCCACAGUUCUGCUCAUGACCAUGGCUGUUUUUCAGCUAUCUCAGGGUGGGUGGCUCUGAGAUGACACAGAGCCCGUGCCGCAAACUAAGGGAAGGGAAUGGA